CUAUGAAGACCGCAGCCGCUUACUGAAUUGGCAAACUCUGAAGUAACAUAGAGAGUUCUUAUCUCUAGUUCAGUGCUACAAGAUAGCUUUUGGAAUAGAUAGUCUUUUUUUUUUCGGACUUUUUCUAAAUGUAAUCGAACUUGAGCCAGUCAUGAUUAUAAGCUCUAUGUAAAAGUUGCCAUCCUAAAUUGCUACAAAUAUUCUUUCUUUGUACUGAUUGUCAGGAUCGCAGGAUCGCUGACUUUAUUUUGCAACAGAUUAUUGAUUUAUAUGAAUAUUGAUUGAUACAAUAUUGUAAAUAGUUUUAAUUAUGAUGUGCAAAUGAUGUUUUUUAUUCUAGUUUUUGGGUUUUAGAUUUUUCUCUCUGUAUUCUAGAUUUUACCUUAAAGUUUUCAUCUUUUAUUUUGGGGAAUCUUUUACACUGUAUAUAGGGUUGACCUCUAGAUAUCCCCUUUUGAGAGAUAUUUUGUAACUGUAGUUUUUAUAUUGUAUUGUAAAAAUUAUUUUGUUUUACACAUUGUCUGUUUUAGGAGAUAAACAUUUGUCUCAAGUGGCCAAAUGAUAUUUAUUUUGGUGACAAGGUCAAGAUCGGAGGUGUUAUCGUGACAUCAUCUGCUAUGAGUGGUACUCUGAGUGCAGUCAUAGGUAUAUGACAAUAUGCAUUUCAAUACAUUUUUGGAGGGGGGCUUACAUGUAUUAUUUACCUUGGAAUCUUACAAUUUAUAAUCAAUGUAUAAUCAAGUGUAACUGAUUCAUCAUCUUAACCCUAUAAAAAUUUCAAUGGCAUAAGAUCCAUGUGCCCUAGCUUUGCUUCAGGUCCUCUAAUUGUAAUUUACUAUAAAACAGCUUUAGUAAAUUUGUUUUAACUUUAAAUAUUUAUUUUAGGAAUGGGUGUAAACCUUGCUAACAGUAAACCAACCAUCAGCAUCAAUGAGAUCAUAUCCCAACACAACAAGGAGCAUAACACCAACUUAGAGCCACUAGUUUUAGAGGAAAUACUGGCAAGGACUGUUAACAACAUGGAGGCCCUUGUUGAUGACUUCCAAGACAAUGGAUCAGAUUCAUUUCUAACCAACUACUACAAGCAUUGGCUACACAGGUUUUUUCUCUUUCUGUUAUCAUCUUUGUAUCAUUUUUAUAGUUAGGAACAAUAAUAAUAUUACGUUUUUGUGUACAUGUAUAUUGCAAAAAAAUUCAAAAACGUUCUUCAAAACUUCAAGUUUUUCUCCUUUUUUUCCUUUCUUUUUUUUUUUUUGGCUUUACAAGUUCUAUAUUUUGAACUAGAAUUAAUUAAAAUAGCCUGUUAACAUGUUUUUACUAAAUGUUUUGGAACUUCCUGGAUGAUUCUUUCAUUAGUGUCUGAAAAGUGUCUUUCUUUGCAGCAUACGAAGAAAGUAUAGUCUCCAAUAGCCCAGGGCUAGUGGAUUUUGCUAUCGGGGGAUUGUGCGGGCUAGUGAAUUCUGUUUUCAACUUGUCCGACGGGCAGGUGAUGUUUUUUGAGGAAUUCGAAUAACAGAAGAACGGUGAAAUCAAUUCUGCUUAUCAAAAAGCUCUUGGGGCUAGUUGAAAUGACAUCUGGGCUAGUAAAUGCUAGCUUCAGCUUGCCGAAUGGCAAUCUGUAAAAAUGAUUUUCUCUGCACCCUGUGCUGGUGGACACAAUUUGAAUAACUACCUAUUAUUUUUAUCUAGCUUUUGCCAAAGCAUUUUCUAAAAAUAAUGUACAGGUGCACUGAUUGUGUAGCUUUCUAAAUUCAAAUUAUAUUAUUUUUGUGGAGAUAAGCAAUACCAGUCAAACAGAGAUUGGGUAAAGAUAUGCGGAUCGAAAAAGUCACAAAACAGCAUACUUGGAUUGAUACCAACCCUAUUAAUCACCAUAUAAUAUAAAAAUAAUUAUUUGUUAUUGUUGUAGUGAUGCAAGGGUGAAGCUGGCAAUGAAUGGAACUGUGGAGGAAGUCAAGAUAACUGGGCUCGAUGAUUUUGGAUUUCUGUCAGUACAGACAAACUCUGGAAAAACUCUAUCAGUACAACCAGAUGGAAACAGCUUUGACAUGCUUAAAAAUUUAAUUGCCAUGAAAGAUAGCUAG